UAAUGUGGCAAGAGCAAAGCAGUUGUCGCUUGUGCAUGUGAUGGAUUGUGUUUUCUGUUAAAGUCUCUGUAGUUAUCUGAGCGCCUCCUGUCAUCGUGCUGAAAUUAAAAAAAUAAUACACACAUUCUAGAGACUUCCAUCUAUUUGCUGGAGCUUAAUUCGAGUCUGUGGUGCUUGUACCCGAUAAUUCAGUUUGCAGGGCUCGGAACAAAGGGAUUUUGGGACAGAGUUCCUGGAAUAGGCUGAUUUCACCCAUCUGCCAAGAUGUCAAAGAGGCCUUCCUUUGCCCCUCCCCCCACCCCUGCCCCCAUGACACAAAUGCCCAACACUCCCGGGUUUGUGGGCUACAACCCAUAUAGCCACCUGGCCUACAACAACUACAGGCUGGGAGGAAACCCUGGCAGCAACAGUCGGGUAACGAAUGCAUCAGGCAUUGCCAUCCCCAAACCACCCAAGCCACCAGACAAGCCUUUGAUGCCCUACAUGCGAUAUAGUAGGAAGGUCUGGGACCAAGUAAAAGCCUCCAAUCCCGAUCUGAAGCUAUGGGAAAUUGGGAAGAUAAUCGGUGGCAUGUGGAGGGACCUCACUGAUGAGGAGAAACAGGAAUAUUUGAAUGACUACGAAGCAGAGAAGAUCGAGUACAAUGAGAGCAUGAAGGCUUACCACAACUCCCCCGCGUACCUGGCCUACGUCAACGCCAAGAACCGCGCCGAGGCCGCCCUGGAGGAGGAGAGCCGGCAGCGGCAGUCACGUCUCGACAAAGGCGAGCCCUACCUCACCAUCCAGCCGGCCGAGGACCCCGACGAUUACGACGAUGGUUUUUCCAUGAAGCACUCGGCCGCGGCCCGUUUCCAGCGUAAUCACCGCCUCAUCAGCGAGAUCCUGAGCGACAGCGUGGUCCCGGACGUGCGCUCCGUCGUCACCACGGCACGCAUGCAGGUGCUCAAGCGCCAGGUCCAGUCGCUCAUGGUGCACCAGAGAAAGCUGGAGGCUGAACUGUUGCAGAUUGAAGACCGUCACCAGCUCAAGAAGAGGAAAUUUCUGGAAGCAACUGAGGCAUUCACCAAUGAGCUGAAAAGGCUGUGCUGUAUGAAGGUGGAGGUGGACAUGGAAAAGAUCUCUGCGGAAAUGGCCGCCGCCGAGGAGGCCUCCCGCAAGCGCAUGGCGGAACGGGAGCGGGAGAUGUCCGAGGAGCCGGAACAACCUGCAAGCCCCACCUCCUCCUCCUCUGACAAGACGAAGCCCCCGGGCCUCGGCAAGGCCCCCCCACUCUCCCAAAGUGACGGCAGCAAGAAAGAAGAAGAUGAGGAGCCUGCCUCGGACACCAAACCCACAGACACUGCCGAGAAGUCGAAAGCUCCAGAGGAGCAGGAGGCCCCGGCGGCCAGCGAGGAGGCCGCCCAGGAGGACAAGGAGAGUGUGGCCGAGGCCACCAUGGAGGAGUGUACCAGCGACAGCAACACCGGCUCCGAAACCCCCUGCACCCCCACCGAGGAGACCACGCACCCCGAGUCCACCUUCGAAGGGUCCUCAGGAGGAGGUCGCCCCGCACUGAACAGCCCCCCCGCGCCUUCUCCCCACCCCUACUCCGUCUCACUCCCCAAGACUACGGGUCCACCGAUCCACCGUCCAAUUAAAAAACCCACCCACCCAGCCAAUCAAGUCUCCUCAUGAGAGACUUCAUGCUGGAAAGGCGUCUCCAAGCUGAGCCACCACUUGUCCAACUGUCCCCCAGUCACUAUUGCACUUGUCUUCACUGAUAUGAGAUGACAAAAAUAACGCACCGACACACAAAGAACACACAAACACAUGUGUACGCACACACACACACACACACACACACACACACAAUCUGCAUAUCAGUGUUAACAUUGUUCUGUUUGUUUGUUUGUUUUUUAAAUCAUGGACUUGCUCUUUUUUGCGCAAAUGACUCCGCACACAUGACCUCUUUGGCCGUAGUCGAGAGCUCUGCUCGUCAUCAGCUUUUGGUCUGCACAGUGUCGAGUGCUGUUUUUAAUAGGAAUGGAAACAAUAUUGCAUGGGGUCAUGUACAAGUUUGACUGGAAUAUGUCACUUCGUUAUUAGCAUUAUUAUUUUAUUUCUACUUUUUAAAUGGGUGCAGUUGUGUUUUCGGUAGGCCAUUGUUGUGCUGUUGCAGUGUACAGCUAUGGUAUUGCACACAAAGAGUAACACCUGGGCCUGGCCCCACACACAGUUUAGUGUUUUCCUGUAUGUUCAUAUGCUGUGUUCACACAUAGGUUUAUACCUGUGGCUGUUGUCUCUCGAUGAAAUAAUUAUCACGUUGACCUGUACCUGUCACUUCCCGUGAGGCAGGUUGGUGCGGUGGACAUCCGGUACACCGUGUUCAGUAAACGGUUACAUCAUGUGCAUGCAAAUGCAGACUGAGCCUCAAAAGGCAAGAUGGUGGCAGGGUAGUGAGAGCACUGAGACUUCCUGCUGCAAGGCUCUGCAAACAUGAAGACAAACAACAUCAAAGGAUACGUGCUUAUUCAGUGGCCUUGCCCGAUAAAUGAUUUGCUUAUUGAAUUCAGCUGAGACACUUCUGCGCUGCUUACUUAUUUCUUGCCCCCGCCCCCCAUUCUUACUUAAUUUUCACCCUCUGUUUUGCUAAAGCAGAAAGAAACAAGGGGGCAGUUUAUAUGGGCCCUUAUUCUUGGAAUGUGCUGUUGUAUGCUCUCUGUAUUAGUAUUAUGUGUUGCCGUUGUCUCAGGAGUUUGUACUUAGUCUUGGUGUGUUAUUUAUGAUUGCUUUGCUUCCCCAGCAGUAGAUUUUAGUGUCUGUGCCAGUUGUAUAGGUGCUGUGUUGUGCCGUAGCGAUGUGCUAGGAAGAGCUAACUCAGUGCUGUGGAUGGUGCUAGCUCAGGCAAUCUCAAUCGAGCUUUCUAGGGCCCCCCCCGACCCUCCCCUAAGGAACUCACAAGCGAGGUAGCAUUCAUCAAUAGCAUUCAAGAUUAGCAGCUAGCAGAUGGGAGGGGGAUGGAUGGGAUGACUGAUGAACUGAGUUAAGAGCCUCCUGAGCCAGGCUGGCCAAUUGCAUUCUUUAGCAACAAUGCAGCGUGCAGAGGUACUGAUAGCUGUGAGUUAGCUGCAAUGCUACAAAUUGUUUUGUGUGCGUUGUCAGUGUGCUUAACAUGUGUUGGUUCUCAGCAUUGAAGUCAGGUGACAUUGCUAUCAGUGGUUUUUAUGCUUAUCUCUGUCUGCUAAACAGCUAUCGGGUGGCACACAGUUACACAAAACAGUGUUGAAAUGCUGCGCUUGUGUUCAGUGCUAAUGCGAAAUCGUGUGUAGUAGCUAGCUGUUAGGGUCACGCUUAGUGGCGUUAAGCCUCCUUCAGCAUUAGCAGUGUAGCGACAUCUCUUAGCAUCAUUCUAAACUAGCCUGGUUAGCUGCUGUUAGUGUUAGCCUAUCCUGAGCAGUUCUUUUAAAAGAUAUAUCAUGAUCACAAGAAGCUCAUCCUAUCACCCUGGUUACACAGGAUCAUCUCAUGACAAAGCCACUUGGAAAGCUGUGUUGAAGAAUGGAUUUUGCAACAUGAUUUCCUUUUUCAUAUUUAUACUGUGCCAAUAAAUUUUUGUACACCGAAAAUAAAUAAUAAUAAAAAAACAUCUUACCAGUGUCAUCAAAA